UUCCCUGUGCACUUGCAAUGGUCGUCGUUCUGACAUUACUCGGCAAAUUCCUCUAACGGGAGGUGCAAUGAAGGCAGGGGCAUCGUCCAUGUGGGCGUCAUGCUGUGGGCUGCUGAACGAGGUGAUGGGCACGGGCACGGUGCGGGCGCAGCAGCCGGGGUUUGGAGCAGGGGCGGGGCCCUUCCGCUUCGCCCCCAGCGCUGGGUACUCCACCUACCCCCCCACCAGCUCAGGGAGCGCUGGACAGCUGUGCAAGGCCUGCGGACUGGCCUUCUCUGUCUUCAGGCGCAAGCACAUCUGCUGUGAUUGUAAGAAGAGUUUCUGCGCCCUGUGCUCGGUGCUGCAGGAGAACCUGCGCUGCUGCACAACCUGCCACCUGCUGCGCGGCACGGCCUUCCAGCGGCCUCGGCUCAUGCAGCUCCGAGUGAAAGACCUGCGCCAGUACCUGCUGCUGCGCAACAUCCCCACCGACACAUGCAGGGAAAAAGAGGACCUGGUGGACCUGGUGCUCUGUCAUCAGGGGGCGAGGGAGACCCAGAGAGCGGUGGUGGAAGAGGACGAGGAGGAAGAUCUGUCAUCUCACAAGAAAAGUAAGGAGGAGGAGGAGGAGGAAGAGGAGGAGGAGGAGGAGGAGGAAGAGGAAGAGGAAGAUGAAGGGGGAGAUGACACAGACAGUCUGCACUCCCUCCCCCACUCCCGUGCCGCCUCGCCCCCCUCCGCCACGCGCUCCACCUCUGAACAGUCGGUCCUCUCCGCCUCUCAGGGAGACGUGCUCAGCCCAAGUGACAGCUCAGGGACCACCAGCCAGGAGCAUGAGGAUACUCCAACAGCGUCCCUCUUGAACCUGGAGCCCACUGAAAAUAUCAUGGAGGUCAGUCCGGCGACACAGAGGAGGAUCAGGGCCUCGCUGUCUGAUCUAGACAAUGAAGAAGCGAUAGAAAACCUCUCCGUCCGCCAGCUCAAAGAGAUUCUCGCCAGGAACUUUGUCAAUUACUCCGGCUGCUGCGAGAAGUGGGAGCUGCUGGAGCGAGUGCAUCGACUCUACAGAGAAAAUGAGCAGAACAGGAAAUCCAUGGAAAAUGUGAGCAUAACUGCAGUGGUUGCAUAUCCUCCACCUCUCUGCAACAGUGGUGUUGGAGAUGGUGUCAAAGCUCAGCUGGCGGCUGACGAAAACUUGUGUCGCAUCUGCAUGGAUGCCAUCAUCGACUGUGUGCUGCUGGAAUGUGGUCACAUGGUAACCUGCACCAAAUGCGGAAAGAGGAUGAGCGAGUGCCCCAUCUGCAGGCAGUACGUAGUGCGGGCCGUGCACGUCUUCAAGUCUUAAAACUCCGAGCGUGUGCGCGUCAGAGCAGCCCUCAGGCGUGCACGUGGCCCGAGCCCUGAAUCUCUCACUGAGGAUGAACUGCCGUGCAUGACGUCUCACAGGGCCUAAUGCUGCAGCAGGCGCGAGCAACUUCCCGGUCUUUGAAACCAAACUGUUGCCUCUGGCCUACCACGGUUUGUCCCCCCCAGCCCCCGAUCCCCUCUUACUAACUCAUGUUCCAGUCCCACUUCUCCUCCCUGGUGGGCCAUCUUCAGCUGCACCGGGACACUCACUCUUUCUCUCUUAGCUCUGUUAAACACACAGCAGAACCCCGCUGCCAUCACUUUCUACUCUCCAUUCUCUGUUUAGAUUUUACUCACAGGAGAGGAGAGGAGGAGGUCGCGUGGAUACUUGAAGUGGAUCGGGUUUUUUCUGUGUGCUGAAGGGAAACAGUGUGAUGAAAAAAAGAAAAAAAAAAUAUAUAAGAUCCCAGGGUUAGAGUCAAUAUGGUUUACACAGUCAUGCCACAUGACACCGUGUUAUCUCCCUCAGUGUUCUUUAGGAUGUGCAAUAUCAGAAAAAAAAGAGACUUACACGUUUCUAGAAAAUGUCAAUUCUUUAAUCCGAACACCACAUGCACCAAGUCGUCUCGUCUCACACGCAGGAGGGUGUAAGGUGCCAAACGUCAUGCCUUUGAUUGAUUGAUUGAUUGAUAUUUGGGUUAGGACUUCACAGUAUAUGCAUCUCAUAACCAGCAAGCUUGGUGUGAUA